AUGGCGGGGCGGCCGCAACAGCUUGCAUUGGCUCGUGUGGCUGACCUGGACCUUCCCUCAGACGGUGGCAAACGUCGUCCGAGUGCUAGCAGCACUAGCAGUAGCGAAUUAGAGCGUCUUCACGAUGAAUUGCAGCUUGAGAUUAAGCCGCAGCGUCUACAACGUCAGUAUACGCUAACUGUUCCACCGUAUAGUGCGGAUGGAGAUCGAUUCUCACAUUCUGGAAUCCUUGAUGCUACUUCAGACGUAUUAAAUGAUGUAUUAAGUCGGUGGGAGAAAAAUCAGGUCAAAUGGCGUCGCGCUACCUCGAGUGAUGAGAAUCAGGAAGCUUGGACUGAUAAUGAUGGUGGAAACGAUAGUGAAGGUUUGGUUGAGAAGGUUCAAAAUUGUGAUACUUUUGACGUGACAUUCGGAGAAGGAUUUCUUGGUCUGGAAUUUGUUCUUGAUGCUCGAAAGAACAAAGUUGUGGUCAAAAAUGUUCAUCUGGAGAAGUGGACAAUGGUGGCUUUGAAUCUUUCGCCUGAUGUCUCAAUCACGAAGGGGUUAUGGAUCGAUGCAGUGAAUGGACGAAGCGUGAGCACAACGACGCCUGAAGACGUGUUAGAUAUGCUUCAAUUCAGUCGACGACCCAUGACUUUGACGUUUCGACGAGCCCGUAAGUCGGUGAUUGUGUGUAAACUCUGUGAAAUGAGUGUGGAAGCCAGUUCAUUGGAGGAACAUGCAAAUUAUUGUGUGCUUUCGAAAAGGGUGGAACUUGAAGCGGAUGGGAUUAAUAAUUCAUUGAUGAAACUCACAGCGUCGAUUAAUGCCAUGCUCGCUGAAGAGGCGACAACGAUCAUAAUGGAGCAAGAACUGCAUCUUUACCACACACUUCGUGUGGUGGCAAUCCAAGCAUCAACAUGUGAUGUCACGAGUGUGGACGCCUUUGCACUCUGUGCGCGGUUAGUAAAAAUUGUUGAUCGAUUACGACAGCAGGACAUUGAACUGUCAACUUAUGCUGGUGAGUAUGGAGGACAUGUAGCCAGCUACUGCACAAAAUUGCGUGAUUUGAUCCAUGCUAAAAUGAGCAAAGUGCGAGCAUCCCACAAAGUGAUGUUCCAACAAGCUCCAAUCGAGGAGGUACGGACACCGUUGAAGCGCACAAAAUCACUUGAAAAUAUUGAUAACAGCGACGAAUUGCGCGGGUCUCGACGGUCGAGCUUCAAAUCGGCCUCAUGUCGUGUUUCGAUUCGCGACUUUCAUAUUGUUAAACCAAUUUCAAAGGGGGCUUUCGGCAAAGUGUAUUUAGCACGAAAAAAGACAACAGGUGAUCAAUAUGCAAUCAAAGUGCUUGCGAAACAGCACUUACUACGAAAAAAGCAGAUUCAGCAAAUUGAGACGGAAAGAAAUAUUUUGGCUAGUGUAGUGAGCCCUUUCGUUGUCAAGUUGUUUUGGACGUUUCAAAACAAGCGAAACCUCUUUUUGGUAAUGGAGUAUCUUCCAGGAGGUGAUUUUAUGUCCUUAUUAGAGUGUAUUGUUCAACUCGAAGAACAGGUGGCGUGCGUCUACAUUGCUGAAAUUGCAAUUGCACUUAACCACUUGCAUUCCAAAGGAUGUGUUCACAGGGACCUAAAACCCGACAACAUUCUGCUCUCUUCCUCCGGCCAUAUCAAGCUUACCGACUUUGGCUUAUCUGAAGAAGCUGUGGCGAUCAGUGAUACAGAUUCUGAACCUGACGAUGACUACAUGGUCUCAGAUGCUGAUAAUGUUAAAAUUGCUUCAGUAGAUGAGACACUCGUAGCGCUUGAAUACGAUCGCCCGCAGCGUACAAUAUCAUCUAAGAAGAAAAAAUCCGCGUACCACACGUAUGGACGAUGUGGGACGCCAGACUAUUUAGCGCCCGAAAUUAUCCUCGGCGUUCCUCAUGGACCACCUGUGGAUUAUUGGGCUCUGGGUAUUAUUUUAUACGAAAUGCUGGUGGGGUUUCCUCCUUUUAAUGAUGACACUGUGGAUGCAAUUUUCAAUAACAUAAUUGAGCGGCAAAUUUUGUGGCCGGAUGGAGAAAAGUGCCUUUCGGCCGAAGCGAUGGAUUUGAUAGAUAAGCUGCUUGAUCCGGAUCCAGCAACUCGUAUGAGCUGGGAUGGAAUCAAGCUUCAUCCCUUUUUCAAUGGGAUUAAUUGGGACACAAUUUUGGAAUCUGUACCUCCAUUCGUACCGACGCUCGAGGGACCAAAUGAUACGAGCUACUUUAAUAAUCGCAACCUUACAGACAUUUUUAUCGACGAUGACGACUUUGACGAUGCUUCCCCCUCUGCAAGUAAUUGCGUGGAUAAUCUUGACUUUGGUACUGAAAGUGAUCAACAAAAUUACAGAAUGAUUGACGGCAACGAUACUGACAAUCACGACUUCGAAAAUAAUGCUUUAAGCAAAACUGCAGCUGCUGACUCAACGUGGGGCAUUCCAGAGACUUUGGAUGUUCAUGGUGGAUUGGGCAACUGUCGUGAAAAGUCCAUAGGCGAUGGAGCUUUAAAUAUGGAAGACAAUAACAGCCACUUUCGGUUUCCUAGUGGCAUGUAUGGUAGCCCCGAUGAGUCAAAUCUCGCUGAUGCCUUCAAAUCUUUUAGCUUUACAAACAUGAAUGCCUUAGCUGCUGCGUCGCAGGCAGAAGCUGGAAUACUCACUGAUACAGAGAAACAACAUGUAGGAGCACCGUCCGGUCCAUCAAUCUUGAUUUAG